CGCAACAUCCGACCCCGUUUGCAACGGCUGCCUUGCGCUUCUCACCAUCUCACUCCCUUGCCAGAAGGUUGUGGCUGAUCGCUCUUCUGCCCCUCAAUCGCGGUGUCUGAUAGACUUUACCGUUCACUCUCGUCCUCUGUCCUCACCGUCCCCGAGUGUCUUUGAUAGUUCCCUCCUUACUUCCAACAGGGGCCGUCAAGAUGGCGACAGGAAGCCACAUGCACAAUCUGACAACUCUCAUUAAGCGGUUGGAAGCCGCAACCUCCCGCCUGGAGGAUAUGGCCAUGUCACUGGAUGACCCCAAUUCGCCCAAGACCAUAGCCCCCGCUGCUGUGCCCGAAAGUGCAGCUCCCGAAUCUCCCAAGCCAGCCCCUCCAGCAGCUCCCGCAGCAGCUCCCGUCCCGCCGCAGAUCCAGGACUUCAACACCCUGAUCAACGAGGAUGUCCGGAACUUCGUGGAGUUGGGUGCCAAGAUCGAUGGUUUGGUUGGAGAACAGUCGAAAUUGGUUCUCCAAGCCUUCGAAGCCGAGCGCACCUACCUACUCGUGUCAACCAAAGCUAGGAAGCCUGAGCAGCAGCCCCCGGAGCUCAUGACGGAGCUCCACAAUGCUUCGGACAGCAUCAACAACAUCCGCGAGUCGAACAGAGCGUCCCCUCUCUUCAACCACUUCAGCGCCGUUGCAGAAGGUAUUGUUGCUCUUGGCUGGUUCUUCGCGGACAAGCCUGCCGAUUUCGUCACUGAGAUGGCCGGCGGCGUUGAAUACUACGGCAACAAGGUCCUGAAGGAUUACAAGGAGAAGGACCGUGCCCACGUCCAAUACAUCCAGGCAUACUACCAAAUCUACAAGUCCCUUGCUGCGUAUCUCAAGAAGCACUACCCCAGAGGUUUGACAUGGAACAACACGGAUGGAAUCGACGCACAAGAAGCCCUCAGACAGGUCAAGGGGGGCAGUUCUAACCCUCCCUCCAGCAGCAUGGCACCCCCACCCCCGCCUCCGCCCCCGGUGCCUACUCUGAAUGUCCCUGGCGGAGUUCCUCCCCCUCCUCCGCCACCGCCUGGUGUUGCUCCUGCAGCAGCUCCAGCUGCACCGGAUAUGUCAGCUGUCUUUGACCAGCUGAACCAAGGUGAAUCCGUCACCUCGGGCCUCCGGAAGGUCGACAGAUCAGAGAUGACGCACAAGAACCCCAGCCUUCGCGCCAGCUCUGUAGUCCCGGAUAGCCCCACCUCACAAGGCAGUGCCAUCCGGGGCAAGUCUCCUGCCCCGAACAAGAAGCCCAAACCGGAGAGCAUGCGCGUGCGUAAGCCGCCUCGCAAGGAGCUGGAAGGCAACAAGUGGUUCAUCGAGAACUUCGAUAACCCCGGUGAGAUCGUGGAGAUCACCGCUCAGCAGAACCACUCGAUCCUCAUCUCGCGAUGCAACAAGACCAUCAUCAAGGUGAACAACAAGGCCAACGCCAUCUCCAUCGACAACUGCACCGGCCUCUCCAUCAUCGUCGAUUCCCUGGUCAGCAGCCUCGACGUCAUCAAGUCGCCCAAGUUUGCCCUGCAAAUAGACGGCGUGGUUCCCACCCUCUUGCUCGACCAAGUCGACGGCGCCACCGUCUACCUCGGCCAGCAAAGCCUGGCCACCGAGGUCUUCUCCAGCAAGUGCACCGCAGUGAACAUCAUGCUUCCUCCCAAGGAAGGCACAGACGAAGAUACCAAGGAGUGUCCCAUCCCUGAACAAAUCAAGACCUACGUGAAGAACGGUGUCCUCGUCAACGAGAUCGUCGAGCACGCAGGCUAAACCAUCUAACAGCCUGGGAAAAGCACACCCCCUUUGGAUACCUCAGUCCCCCUCACAAUGGCGGCGAUGUUUAGUUACACGGCAAUUUGGAAACCAUCUAGCCCACAAACUUUCUUCUCUGCUGUGUUUUAUAUCUUCUUCCAUGUAGAUAGAGCCAAUUUUCUAUUGCCAUUCUAUACGCUCUCCUUCCCGUGUUUUGGUAGUUGGCGUUGGAUAUAUGGAGAAUGAAGCGCUGACUUGGAUCGAUAAUCAUGGGUGGAUUCCUGCUUAUUUUACAAGGUAUCAGGGGGUUUUUCUUCUUGACCUCAUACACGGUAAACAGAACGUCCAAGACAUCAAAUUCAGGUCAAUUAAUUAAUGUCAAAUCUACAGCAGCA